UGUCUCUAAGGCAAUGUCAUUCUCUCAUUUCCAAAACAUUCGUUUCGUAUGAACAUCUCCAUCAUACGUAACUCAAAUUAUUGUUCACCUUAGACGGCGACGUCGCUUCCGAUCUCAUUCAUCCACAGUGUCCUUAGGCACGCCUGGGCGCAAGGCACAGCAAGACUCAAGCCCAUGGGCUUUUGGUAGCAUAAGGGGCGUUUUUUUCAAUAAAUACACACCUGAGGUGGGAUUUCUUGGCCAAAACUUAAUCAUGAGCAGCAUUUCAUGCACAUUUGUUUGAUACCAAAGGAGAUCAUCAGUGAACAUACAACAUGGGGUUUUGGACGUUGUUCGAGGUGGCAUCAAUGCCUACAGUGCAGGUGAUAAUUGUGAGCGUUAUAGGAGCAAUCAUGGCUACUGAUCGCUUUGAUCUUCUUUCAUAUGACAUCCGCCGGGGCCUUAACAAGAUUGUGUUUGUGGCUUUUACGCCGUGCCUUAUAUUUGCGUGUCUUGCUGAGAGCGUCACCUUUCAAGACAUCAUCUCAUGGUGGUUUAUGCCUUUAAAUAUUGGGAUAACAUUCUUAUGUGGAGGAACUUUGGGGUGGAUAGCAGUAAAACUGAUCAAGCCAGAGGCACAUAUGGAGGGCCUAAUAAUAGCAAUGUGUUCAACAGGGAACUUGGGAAACAUUCUUCUGCUAAUCAUCCCCGCAAUUUGCACUCAAAAUGGCAGCCCGUUCGGAAAUCACAAUACAUGUAAAGUUAAUGGGCUCUCAUAUUCAUCGUUUUCCAUGGCGUUAGGAUGCUUCUAUAUAUGGACAUAUACAUACCAAUUGAUAAAAAACUCGGCGGCAAAGUACAAUGCAAUGAAAGAAGCCAAGGAUUUGUUGAAGGAACCAAACAAAGACUUAGAUUCAGAUGAAAAAACUAAACUUUUGAAUGGAGAUGGUAAAUCAUGCUCAACCACUGCGGACCCUGAAAAUCAAAAUUUGGUCUACCAACAAUUAGCAAGCAAAGAUGGGAAAAAAGGGGCGUCUUCAAGUACGCUAACGGAAACUUUACAAAGAUUGUUGGAGGAGUUGUUAGCGCCUCCAACCGUUGGCGCUGUCAUAGGAUUCAUUUUCGGUGCAGUUCCGUGGUUGAAAAACCUUUUGAUAGGUGAUGAUGCUCCAUUGCGGGUGAUCCAAGACUCUAUCACGUUACUGGGGGAUGGAACCUUACCUUGCAUCACACUUAUACUUGGAGGCAAUCUAGUACAAGGUUUGAGAAACGCAAGCAUAAGACCUAUUGUUAUUAUCGCGAUCGUCAUAGUGCGAUAUGUGUUUCUUCCCUUGAUUGGAAUUGGUGUUAUUAGAGCGGCUGCGGCUCUAGGAUUACUUCCAUCUGAUCCACUCUUUAAAUUUGUGCUAUUGAUCCAGUUCACUGUCCCCCCUGCCAUGAAUAUCAGUACAAUGACACAGUUGUUCGAUGUGGGACAAGAGGAGUGUUCAGUGCUUACAAUGUGGACUUACAUAGUUGCAGCAUUUGCACUUACAGGAUGGUCAACGGUCUUCAUGUCAAUUUUGACUUGAAAGUUAUAUUUUUUGGUCAAACCUUUGACCCCUCAAGGAUAUUCAAUAGAUAAACUGGUUUAUUUCUUUUGUUGUUUUUAGUAUUAAUCUUUGUCAUGUAUAAAGUUGAUUUUUUAUUAUUAUUUUCUUUUCUCUUCAUGUAUGAUAUAUCAGAAGUUGAUUCUAUGUGAUCUUAAUAUUAGUCCAUAAAUUUUACUUCAUUUA